GUCAACAUAUGCUCGGUAUACGCAUGCUUGGUACUGGUAAAAUGUGCGCCGUGUCUGCAAGAAACACUCAACAGUGGUAUUCCCGUCGGUUACAAACUAUUGUUCGUUGUCAGUCAAGUACGGUCUUAGGAGAAAGUGUUUAGUCCUUGCCGGGAUCCUUGGUGCAUAGUGUAGUAAUGAGAUACUUGUGUUUGUGUUUUUAGUGGUUUCUCGUGUUUGGUGUUAAGAAAUUGUGUUUUUGUUUAGUGGCAUAAAGUGGAACGUGCGGAAAACGUAUUUUGGAAAAGUAAAUAGCAUUUGAGAUGAGUGGGUUAUAAUUUGUGUACAAUUAGUGGUUGGCAACAUGUGUACGUGAAUUGCUAAGGGAUGAAUCGCAUGAAGUGCGUUAAGUGCAACUGGCCAUUAUGUACUGUGUAUAGCCGACUUAUUGCAAAGCGCCCGGUUCCGUUACUGGAUAGACAUUUACAUUAAGGAUUACUGUGUUAAGAAUCUUCCGCAAUUAAUCGACUUCCAAGAUAUGAUCGAAUGAACACUCCAGUAGGCAGGAUAAAAACCUGUUUAUGGAACGAAGUAGCUGAUGAAUAAGGACACGAGCAAUUCCUAUAAUUUCUCAUAGCCGAUUGAGAGAAGUAUUUCGUCCUAAACGGAUUGCAUUUAAGAUGAAACCACAAACAAGAGCCAAAAACAAAAACCAGAGCCCGAGUACUCCAACGCGCCCAAGUAGCAGUAACCAAAGCAACAGGUUGUUGAUGAUCAACAAGGACAGAAAAGGCUACCGAAACAGUCGAGCGCAUUUCGACUUCAUCAUUACAGUUGUAAUGCUAUUAAUGACAAGAGUAACUGAUGCGAAUUGCAAACAUCAUGUCUACACGUCGAGCAAUCAACAAUUCGCCAUGGAACCGCAGGAUCAAACAGCAAUCGUGGGAGCACGUGUUACUCUCCCAUGUCGGGUGGUCAAUAAGCAGGGCGUGCUUCAAUGGACCAAAGACGAUUUUGGUCUUGGCACUUCACGUAAUUUGAGUGGAUUCGAACGAUACUUGAUGAUUGGAAGCGACGAGGAGGGUGACUAUUCGCUUGACAUUUAUCCGGUAAUAUUGGACGAUGAUGCUCGUUACCAAUGUCAGGUUAGUUCAGGACCAAAUGGCGAACCGGCAAUUAGGUCAUCAUUUGCUAAGGUCACCGUAUUAGUACCACCAGAACCACCGAAAAUACUUCAGGGGGAAUACAUUAUGACGAGGGAGGACAGACCGGUGGAGAUUGAGUGUACUUCGGUGGGCGGAAAACCACCUGCGGAGAUUACAUGGAUAGAUGGCUUGGGCAAUGUUGUGACUGAUGGUGUUGAGUUCUCCACUCAGCCCUAUCACGAUCAGCGUCGUCUCACAGCUAUAUCGGUGCUGAGGCUGAUACCCAAAAGUGAGCACCAUAAUACAUUCUUCACGUGUCAGGCGCAAAACACGGCGGAUCGCACGUAUCGCUCGGUGAAAAUCAGAAUUGAGGUGAAAUAUGCGCCCAAAGUGAAGGUGAGUGUAAUCGGCGGUCCCUUGGGUGGUGGUCCGUUGCAAGAAGGCUCGGAGGUGCGUCUCGAAUGCAAAUCAAAUGCAAAUCCCGGCGACGUGGAGUACCGAUGGUACAUCAACGAUGAGGCCGUGGUCGGCAGCUAUAAAACACAAAUGAUUAUUCAUAACGUAACACGAAAGCUCCACGAUGCCAUAGUGAAGUGUGUGGUGCAAAAUUCGAUUGGGAAAAGUGAGGAUAGCGAUACGCUGGAUAUAGGCUAUGGACCACGAUUUCGUCAACGUCCGGAAUCAAUUGAAGCCGAUGUCGGUAACACGGUUUCAUUAGCCUGUGAUGUGGAUAGUAACCCGCCAGCCGACAUUGUUUGGAUUCAACAUCCCACCGAUCGAUCUCGCAUUUCCAAUCAACAGGUUGUAGGCGUAAUGUCAAACUUAACCUUCGUGGUAUCGAAUGAAACUGCUGGUCGCUACUACUGUAAAGCCAACGUUCCAGGCUACCAGGAAAUCAUGGCGGACGCCUACGUUUAUCUGAAAGGAUCACCAUCGAUCUUCUCGGCCAAGACUCAAUAUGGAUUGAUUGGCGACACGGCCCGUAUCGAAUGCUACGCAACAUCAGUACCAAAGGCACGCCACGUUUCUUGGACAUUCAAUGGACACCAGAUCAACGCAGAUUAUAGUCAUGACUACUCGAUUCUGAUUGAUGCCGUACCAAGUGGUGUACGGUCAACAUUGAUCAUUCGAGAUAGCCAAUCGUAUCAUUAUGGAAAGUACAAUUGCACGGUAGUCAAUGAUUAUGGCAAUGAUAUUAUCGAGAUACAAUUGCAGGCCCAAAAAACCGUACCAUUGCAUAUGACAAUUGUUGGAGGAGUUUCAUCGGUGGCAGUACUUAUGAUCAUCAUCAUAGUCAUUGUGAUUUACUUUAAGUGCAGACAGAAGAAACUACCCCCCGCGGAUGUAAUAAGUGAGCAUCAAAUCGCGAAAAAUUGCAAAGAAGCCGGCGAUCGCAAUUCAAGCUACAGCGAUCUCAAGGUUGAUAUUACCACCGGUUACGUGCCUUAUGCUGACUACACUACGCACUAUAGCCCUCCGCCCCAAUAUCUCACCACGGUGGCCACUAAAACCCACCUGAACGGGGGCCAAUCUAUGCCCAUGUCCUUUAUGAACGGUAGUCUAACGGGAAGUGUUAUUGGCUCGCGCAGUGAGAUACGACAGGACAACGGUCUUCCACACAGUUUACAAGGCAGUGAACGAGGUGGAAGCAGUGGUGUAAGCGCCUCGCCAAAUGGUAGUAAUCAUACGAGUUCGACACAAUAUGUACAGAAUCCUUUACCGGUCGAUCCGCGUUAUAGUGCGAUCUAUGGCAAUCCGUAUCUCAGAACCUCGAAUUCGUCACUUUUGCCACCCCCGACUGCUGUGUAAAAACAAAUGUUAAUUUGCUCUAGUGUGUACGAUGUAUAUUACGUGUAAACUUAUUUAACUGUGCCGAGUAUUUAUAUGAUCCUGGUGAUAUGGUGUACUAACGCGCAAUCGAUACAAUGCCUCAAUCAACAUCACUGACAGAAAAAGGAAAAGUUUUAUUUUCUUCGAUAUUGCUAAUAAGUUAAUGAAAUGAAGUGAACAAUGUAGUAAAACCAAUAAAGCCAUCGAAUCCUUCCAGUGUUAUCGAAAUAUGGAAGGAAUUACAACAAUCAUAUAUUUACUAAAGUGUAGGCAAUAACCAAAAAGUAAAGACUGAUCUCGAGGAUAUAAUAGAUCCAACGAAGUGAACGAUCAUCAUUUUUUCUGCUAAUAAACGUAACGUCUUCAUGCUUAAUCAACCGAUUGAAGGAAUAAAAGAAAAUUACAGAAAAACACACAAAAACAAAUCACCGAAAUAAGAAUCUGCAACUAAAACUAAUUUGUAUUCAUAUAUUCUAAUGCUAUUGCGUCCCGUUCAUAAUUUUUAAGUUUACGAAGAAAAAAGCUUAGAGAAUUUAUAGUGUUGUAAACGAAUUAUUAUGUCUAUAUAAACUAGAGAGAAAAUGAAUUUUCUGUUUUCUAAGAUUGCG